CGAUCAAAAUCUCGAACUCAUUUGCCCUCGCGUCUCUCUACGAUCACCAGACCGUCUAGCGAUGGAGAGAUCGGUCCCGUGGUCGGAACUCCCGCCGGAGCUGUUGUCGAUGAUCUGGUCGAUGAUCAGGAAAAAGCUCGACACCGACAUGGACGUCGUCCGAUGCCGCAGCGUCUGUUCGUCGUGGCGUUCCUCGAUUCCUCCCGUCUCAGAGUUGGAGCUCAGAAUUGGUGGGGACCCCAUCUGUCAGCGCAGGGUCUACCUCCUCGAGCCACCACCGCCAACGUCUCCGGAGGACGAAUCGCGGUGCCCUCCGUCUCGUGAGGGUUGGCUGAUCAAGAUCGCAGAAGAUGAUGAGGACGACCACCUAAGUGGUCGAGGCGGCAGGGUUCGGCUCUUCAAUCCGCUGUCGAGCCGACCCAUAUUGUUCAAAGGUGGGACCUUUCCUAAGGUUUUGUGUACUUUGGAUUAUAGGGUCACCGAGAUUUUUGUAGAACGUUGUCUGAUCGGCGAGAAUAGAGGAAGUUAUUAUGGGAGAGCAAGGAAGGUGAUCAUGCUUCCGGAUUCUCCACGGGCUGUUCUUGAGGAGGCUUUGGUCGUCGGGAUUUUUGGGAAAGGGAAGUUGGCGUGUUGGAAACAUGGGGAUGAGCAUUGGCAUGCGAUGGGUGAUUCGAGUUGCCAGUACGACGAUGUCAUUGCUUACAAAGGGCAGUUUUAUGCCGUCGAUAGGUUCGGCAUCGUGUGGUGGAUUGACCCUUCUUUUGAGAUCGUGCAGUACUCGCUUCCUGUUUGCAGUGACGGCAAUGGCGGGGACCGGAAUUAUCUGGUGGAGUCGGGCGGAGACCUCUAUGUCGUGGAUAGAUAUCUCGAUGAGAGUCAAUUUAGUGGGAUUCGGGCAGGCGCUGUGAGAAAGGCCGCUGAUUUUAAGGUUUAUCGGCUGAAUCAAGACUGGGGGAAAUGGGAUGAGAUAAGGAGUCUCGGUGAUGUUGCUCUCUUUCUGGGCAAUCACAGUUGCUUCUCCGUGUCGGUGAAAGGAUUCGGAGGAUGCAAGGGGAACUGCAUAUAUUUCACGGUGUUUGACGAGACUCCAGGGGGAAAAGUCAAAGUUUUCGAUAUGGAGGAUCGCAGCAUCAAGAGGGCAUCAGAUUCGCCUGCUCGCUUGAGGAUCCUGUGGCCACCCCCAGCUUGGAUCGCCCCAAACGGGGUCGCCCUAAGUCCUUACUCGCUCAAGGAGCCGCUAUUCUAGUUAAUUCAGAGGAGAGCUUAUUUGCCAGUGUUGCCAAGUCAGUAGCAGGAAAAUGCCUGAAGAGAGGAGUGCAGAGCGUGGAUGAUGACUUGGUGUGUGAGCCUCUGCAGCCAAUGAGAAGCGUGAAGAAAGUGGCACGAAAAGUGUCCCAGAUCGACAGGAAGUACAAGGAAAUGUCUAAUCAGCUGUAUAAGAGCACAGAUUUCCUCAUGACUAUGUAUCUUUGCGCUUGGGGCAAUGACUCAGCCAGUGAGGUACUAACCGAGGCGCGUCUAUUGCUGGUUGAAAACUAUUUCCAAACCCCCUCUUUGGCCUGGGUUUGAGCUCAGGCCAUCGAGAAUUUCUGGAAGGGCUCCCUACGGGUUAAAGCCCUACAAAUUCUAGUUCAGAACUAUCCUGAUCCUAGUUCAAAACUUAAUCUUGGUCGUGGUAUGAGGUUAUAAUUUUGUAGUUUUCGGACAUUGUGUAAUGUGUGGCAGGGUAAUACUUGAACGGCUUGGAAAAUAUAAGCCGUGCCGAUCACAAUGAUGAAGCAUCUAACAAAGUCCAUUAAGCUCGUUAGACUCGAAACCUGCGACAAAUGCGCCUCGGGGAGAACCCAUUCUUUCCCCCAUAUGAGAGAAGCAUCAACUGCAGAUGCUUUGCAGCAGAGAUAAAAGACAGUAAUCUUGGCCCCUUUCAGCAUUUUGUAAUUGAUGGAUCAUGCCAUCAUGAAGCACAACAGAAGAAAAAGUCGGUGCCCAGACAGAGAUGCGGGCGAUUAUUUGAGUUAAAGCAGACUGGAAACAGUUUUUGACUAGGAACAAAGCCAUUCUCUCUCUAGGACGAGCCAGAAAGCCAGAAAUGAGGAAAUCCCCAUACCUCACCAUUUAUUAAGCCGCGUAUAAAAGGCCUUCUAUACGAACAUCAGCACAUUGCUUGGCUAUUUUAGUUCCUUUCUUGUACCCAUCAGGAAAGCAUUCCACAAAGUCCAAUAUCUUUGCUGCCUCAUUUCCAAACAUCUGAAUGCAAAUUGUUAAUGAGUAAGCUUUGCUUCACUGAAAA